AAAAAAUAAGUGUCAAAAAGUUGUUUGUCUUGUCUAUGAUAAGUCGGAAAGAACGAGGCGAGUUUUUUGGACAAAAAUCUAACGUUUUUCAUUAGUUUGCUCAACUAAAUAUAUGCAGAAUUGAAGAAAAGAUUAAUCUCAUAAGGCUUAAAUUGGAGACAAAAAAUAAGCAGACAAGAUGGCAGUGAAUGUGUAUUCAACGAACGUAACGUCAGAGAAUCUGUCGCGGCAUGAUAUGUUGGCGUGGGUGAACGACUGCUUGCAGUCGAAUUUCGCCAAGAUUGAGGAGUUAUGCACAGGAGCUGCGUACUGUCAGUUCAUGGACAUGUUGUUCCCUGGCAGUGUACCCAUGAAGAGGAUCAAGUUCAAGACAAAUCUCGAACAUGAAUAUAUACAAAACUUUAAAAUAUUACAAGCAGGAUUUAAAAAAAUGGGAGUUGAUAAGGUAAUACCAGUGGACAAGCUGAUAAAGGGCAGAUUUCAAGAUAAUUUUGAGUUUUUACAAUGGUUUAAAAAGUUUUUUGAUGCUAACUAUGAUGGGCGGGAGUAUGACGCUUUCGAUGCGCGCGGCGGUAUCACUAUUGGGUCAGGGGCUUGCGAGUCCGGUGUGCCGUUGUGUGGCGGUGGUAUAGGCCAGGUGCCGACGCGUACACGACGCCCCGCGCCCAUGCAGCACUCUGGCAUUGGAAAAGCUAACAGCACAGUCAGAUCUCCCCCAGUAAAUCUGUCAAGAUUAAAUCAAAGUGCGAAGGGGGACUCCAAAGUAAUUGAUGAGCUUAAUCAUCAGUUAAAUGAAUUAAAAGCAACAGUUGAUGGUCUUGAGAAAGAAAGGGAUUUCUAUUUUGGAAAACUCCGGGACAUAGAAGUGAUCUGUCAGGAAAUGGAAGAACAACAGAACGCUCCCAUUGUUCAGAAGAUUCUCGAUAUUUUAUAUGCAACUGAGGACGGAUUCGCGCCUCCAGAAGAGAUCGACGGCGACAACCCCCACCCGCCUGAAGAGGACGAGUAUUGAACUAAAUCAUACUGUUUAACAACGCGUAUCAUAGUGCUCUUUGUAUAUUAUAUCAAAUCGAAAUUAUCUCGCUUAACAAUCAUUGACGGUAUCGAGUGCUUAGUAUUUCACAGCCAAUGAGUCGUAUAUGUAGGUUAGUGAAUAUGGAUACAGUGGCCCUUAAAUGGCACCGUUAACUAAUAAUACUUAUUUCACGUAAUCAUCCUCAUUGGAUCGCACUAGAAUAAUCUAUGGCUAUUUAACUUGGCUUAUGGCUGGCCGCCGUAAUAUCAAUUUUAAGAUUUAUUUGGCUCCAUGUUAUGAUGCUUCGUAAUAUUCACUCAUCACAAGCUGUCAUUGCUGCAAACAAAAAUCAUGUUUUUGGUAGUGUCGUCAUCUUAGUACAUGGCUGUGUCAUAUCUAAGUACAUUCCUAUAUAUAUAUCGGGGGCGUGAUUUCUUGACUGAGUUUCUUCUAAUUCCGUGUAUUCUAGAUGGAAUGAACCAUUUCUUAAGUAUUGAAUAAAUGUAUGGUGGAUGUUGAGGUUGUGUAAUGUGCAAUGUAACAGCAAUGAAGAUUAUUGUAUUGUCUCGAUCAUUUUUGGGCCACUGACGCCUAAAUACAUGCAUUUAAUAAUAAUUGUUAAAUGAUUGGAAGAUAUUUAGUGUUACUUGUUUAAUUCUGUUGAAUAUAUCGCAGUUGGCUAAAAAUGUGAUUUUUGGUUCUAAAUUGUAUUAAAGAGCGAAUUAUGAGUAGAUCUGAAGGUUAAAAUUGUAGUUUCGGAAAGUCGACGAACACAUCUUGCAACGUGAUUAUUGUACAUGACCACUAUUUAGGUUAAUCAAUUACAAGACUUGACGAUUUACUGCACUAUUAUGAGUAAUUAACUAUAGGAAGUGUAACUAAUACAUUAUAUUGGAAUAUUUUUAUUUAGUAGGAUAUUCUAGACGUCGCGGGAUAAUCAACGACUUGUUGGCGAGAAAAAUGUUAUUCGCUGGUUAAGAUAAAUAUAGAUAAUUUAUUUACUUUAGCGUUCAUAAAUUGCCUUAACAGCAGAUAUUAAUUGCCUCUGGUUUUCAGAUUGUGAAUGUCUUAUCGAAUAAAAUAAUAACUUUAUUA